UCUUAUUUGUUUGUAAAUUGAUAAAAUUUUAAAUUGUUACUAUGAAAGACGUCAUAGACGUAAUGGCUUUGCAAAGUUCAAGACGUGAGAGGCGUUUGGCAGAAUACCGGAGCGCUGCCGGUCACAGUUUGGCCACAAAUUUUAUAUUUGAAUGCGGCAUCAAACUUGGGUUGCAACCGGCUACUGUGGCUACAGCUGCAAUAUUUUACCAUAAAUUCUUCAAGGAAGCAGAGAAGAAUGACUAUGAUUGUUAUGUGAUUUGUACCGCAUGUUUGUGUGCGGCCGGGAAGUCUCGAGAUGAGCCGGUGAGGUUGAGAGACGCGGUAAAUGUCGCACAUAAUUCCAUAAACCGUGGAGCAGGGCCUUUGGAGCUCGGAGAAGAGUACUGGUCGUGGCGAGGAGCGAUCGCUCAGGCUGAAUUAUUAGUCCUUAGAGUAUUGGGAUUUAAUCUUGACACGCCAUCCCCUCAUAAGUACUUGCUGCACUAUUUGCGUUCUCUUCAAGAGUGGUUUCCGACUUCACAAUGGCGAGCAGCGCCUAUAGCUCGCACGGCGAUGGCGUUCCUGCAAGACUUUCACCACUCGCCGGCAGUUUUAGAUUAUAAGGCUCCUCAUAUUGCUGUGGCAUGUCUGACUUUGGGCCUAUUGGUUCUGGGUGUAUCAGUGCCUUUAGCGUCUACCCUAGAUGACGAUGCAGCUUGGUAUUCGGUAUUUACAAAAGAUCUUCAAAAAGAGAAGAACUGGGAGAUAAUGGAGAAGAUUAUGCAAGUCUACAGCAGAGAACCUGAACCUAUAUAAUAAUUUAAUUUAAUAUAAGUAUAAUAGUGUUGCACUUAAUGUAAGAUUUAGGAUUAUGAUUUGGUUUUAAAUGUGUUCC